AUGUGCAGUCAAAGACUGCAAGAGACCCAAGAAGUGAGAAUGAAUUCAUGGCAACUGGCGUGCAAUGAUGAAUUGAUCAGGGCUACUGAUCCUAUGAAAUUGUAUGGAAGCAUGAGAAUUUGCAGUCUACAUUUUGAGGAUCAUUUGAUAGAAAAGCACAAACUGAAAGAAAAUGCUGUUCCUAUACUGAACUUGGUGGUAUCUUUAUCAGGCUCCAUACAAGAGGAGCAUUCAUAUUUCAGUGAUGAAAAUAUAGAAAGUAGGUCAUUUCAUGGAAAUAGAUGAUAGCUCUGAAGAUGGGAUGGAUACAAGAGCAAGAAGCAUUGGUACCCAAACAGAACCAGAUAUGGUGGACACAGGAACACAGACACUUGUGCAGAAGUCUGAUUCUCAAGUGCAGACAGAAAAGCAACUUUCAGCUAUCACACCAAGAAAAAUCAAAUUAAUCAAGAAAAUAAAUGUGGUAUAUUGAAAACUAUUUCCUACAUUUUACUGAUUAAUUUUGUUAUUGAUUUGAUUAAAAUCUUCAUUCGAAAUGAUGGUUAUUUUUAUUUCAUAUCUGCAAACCUACCUUGAAUACU